GGAGGAGGAGGGAAUGGAAAUGAGGCUGGGCCCAGCAGCUAGCGCGCGCUCCCUCCCCUGCCCUCCCAUCUCAGGGCGCGCGCCGGGCGGUGCAGAGUCCGAAGGCAGCGCCGCAGUGGCCGCGGCCCCCGAGGGAGGGGCCCGGAGCCCCGCCCCCAGGGAGGAGCCGCCCGCAGGUCUCCCCUCUACCCUCCACGGUUCCAACUCCACGCAGGGGUUGAAAUUUAGUGACAAGAAGAAGGCAGUUCAAGCGGCGUCAAUGUGAAUCCCGCCCACUGAGCUCGUAGGCCCCUCCCCUGGGACAGAGUUGCUGAGCAACCGACUUUGGGUCUUAUUAGUAUAGCUCCACCCAUUCCCGUCUUAGGUUCCUCGGCCGGUUCCGCCCACUCUGGACAUAGGCCCCGCCUGCUCCGCGCUCUGGGGCGGCUGGGAGUUAGUUAUAGAGGCCCCGCCCACUCCGCUCGAAGGCUCAAACGCUGAGGCUAAGUUCCAAAUAGACUGCGUCUGGGUCGGGUUUGCAUAACCCCGCCCAUUGUGCCCUUAGGCUCCGCCCACCCUCGCCUUAUAGGACCCCAGAAUUAAAUAGACCCUGCUCCUAAACAUACUGAGCCUUGAUUGUUAGGCUCUCAGCCCUUCCCCCAACAGCCUGAUAAACACCGGCGUCGCCCCCUCUCCCACCCUAGGCCCUCCCUUUAGGUUUCUGGGCCAGCAAGAUGCUGGAGCGGGACGCUGAGUCUGUGGCCCGGGGCACCGAUCCUAGUCCCACUGGCAAGGAGCCUGUGACCAAAGGAGAAGCUCCCUACCAGGGCUCGCCGCAGAAGCCCAGCCAGUUGGUUCCAGGGCCCGCCACGUCUGCGGGGGCGCCUUCCCGACCCCGCCGGCGGCCCCCGCCCCAGCGCCCGCACCGCUGCCCCGACUGUGACAAGGCCUUCUCGUACCCGUCCAAGCUGGCCACGCACCGGUUGGCACACGGCGGCGCCCGCCCCCACCCAUGCCCCGACUGCCCCAAGGCCUUCUCCUACCCCUCCAAGCUGGCAGCCCACCGCCUCACGCACAGCGGCGCCCGUCCGCACCCGUGCCCGCACUGCCCAAAGGCCUUCGGCCACCGCUCCAAGCUGGCAGCCCACCUCUGGACCCACGCGCCCACCCGCCCCUACCCGUGCCCCGACUGCCCCAAGUCCUUCUGCUACCCCUCCAAGCUGGCGGCCCACCGCCAUACGCACCAUGCCACGGACGCCCGUCCCUAUCCUUGCCCGCACUGCCCCAAGGCUUUUUCAUUCCCCUCCAAACUGGCCGCCCAUCGCCUAUGUCACGACCCCCCGACGGCACCGGGUAGCCAGGUCACUGCCCGGCAUCGCUGCUCCAGCUGCGGCCAGGCGUUUGGCCAGAGACGCCUCCUACUCCUUCACCAACGCAGCCGCCACCAGGCCGAGAGCCCAGGGGAGCGGGAGUGAACCCUCCCUUUGGCUCACUGGCUCCCUGUGCUGCCAGCCCCAGUCAAUAAAGAGGUGGCAUCUCUGAGCCAGGCUGUAUGGACUUGCCUCUUCCAGGUAGCCGGAAGGGAGGUUGGCCCCCGCGCUGGACUCAGACUUAGCAGGAGGAACUCGUUUCUGGGAGGGGAAAACAUCACCCACAGAGUUAGCAUGGGGCCCCAAACCAUGGACCUGGAGGUGUGGUUUGAAAGCCCUGGCUCUGGUUUUUCACACCUCUUCAUAUGGCAAAGGUUAAACAUCUGCUAGCAUCCUGUGCUGCUGAGGAGUGUGGCGAGACAGGCUCUCCUCAAUGUUGUGAGUUUAAACUAGUGCCUCCACUUUGGCCAUUGAGUGUAUGUAUAAAAAAUUUUAAAUGCACGCAUGCUCGUGUCAACGAUUCCACUUCUAGGAAUUUAUCCUAUAGAUAAGCACGUGAAAAAAGGUAUAAGAUUAAGGAUGUUCACUGCAGUGCGACGGCAGUGGCCAAAGAUGGGAAACAACCCGAGUGCCCAUCAAUAGGGGACCAGCUAACGAAUUUACAGUACAGCCAGAGAAUGGAAGAUGUAGCUGUAGGGGAAAAAGUC